UCCUAAAAUUUCCAAUUUUUCAGGGGUAAUCAAACUGAAAGAUGCCUCGCAUCGAAAACGAGCCGAAGCUCGAUUUCAAGGAUGUGCUGCUCCGUCCGAAACGAUCUACUCUGAAGAGUCGAGCUGAUGUCGAGUUGGAUAGGGAAUACGUGUUCCGUAACUCCAAGGCCACCUACACUGGUGUCCCAGUGGUUGCGUCCAACAUGGACACUGUUGGAACUUUCGAGAUGGCUGCCGCGUUGAACAAUCACAAGAUCUUCACUACGAUUCACAAGCACUAUAGUGUCGACGAGUGGAAAGCAUUCGCCGCUUCUGCGUCUCCAGACACCUUCAACAACUUGGCAAUCUCAUCUGGAAUUUCCGAUAACGACUGGACCAAGCUCAACACCGUCAUCACUGAGCUUCCACAACUCAAGUACAUCUGUCUUGACGUGGCCAACGGAUAUUCUGAAUCUUUCGUGGAGUUUAUUCGCCGUGUUCGAGAAGCCUACCCGAAGCACACCAUCAUGGCCGGAAACGUUGUCACCGGAGAGAUGGUUGAGGAGCUGAUUCUGUCUGGCGCCGACAUUGUCAAGGUCGGAAUCGGACCGGGAUCGGUUUGCACCACUCGCAAGAAGGCCGGAGUUGGAUACCCACAGCUUAGUGCCGUCCUGGAGUGCGCUGAUGCCGCUCAUGGUCUCAAUGGACAUGUGAUGAGUGAUGGUGGAUGCAGCAAUCCUGGAGAUGUUGCCAAGGCUUUUGGAGCUGGAGCAGAUUUCGUCAUGAUUGGAGGACUCUUCGCUGGACACGAUCAGAGUGGAGGAGAUCUCAUUGAGCAUAAUGGAAAGAAGUUCAAAUUGUUCUACGGAAUGAGCUCGGACACCGCCAUGAAGAAGCACCACGGAUCUGUCGCCGAGUACCGCGCAUCCGAAGGCAAAACCGUCACAAUCCCCUAUCGCGGAGACGUAAACGGAACCGUUCAGGACAUUCUCGGAGGCAUCCGUUCAGCUUGCACCUACACCGGAGCUAAGCACCUGAAGGAGCUCGCCAAGCGUGCAACAUUCAUUCGUGUCACUCAACAGACCAACGAUAUGUAUGUGCCGUUCGAAGUGCCGACUGUACCAGCUCCAUCGAAAUAAGGAUUUAAAUUGCGUUUUUUUUUAUUUUUUCUAUGUUUUAAAUUUUGCUACACACACUUGAUUGUUUAAGUUUAUACAACCUCUCCUAGCUUUAUCAGCAAUACAUCUUGAACCUU